AUGAGCCAUGAGGAACCCCAACCAGCCUCGAGUAGGGUGAGAGAGACGGAGAAGAAAGAGAAAGGGAGCAAGAAGAAAGCACUAGCGCUAUUAUCGCGCUGUUUCAGUUCUCUUCGACGUCAACUAAGUCAAUUAAUGUCCGAUGAAAGCUUUGAAGGUGUCUAUGAUGCUGAAGAAGAGACUGAGGUUGAACAUGAGCUGGAGCAAUUGGUGAACAUGACAAAGAUUCCAUUUCACCUCGAGCGAUUCAUGAUAUGGACGCUGCUGACAUGCUUUGACUGCUUCUUACAUCUGUUAACAGCCACGCCUAUGAAGAUCCUAAAUGAUAUUUUGUUCAGGAACCACAAACGCAAGAGAAAGUCACUUUCUAAAACUUUCAACGAGAGUUUCAUGGUCUUCAUGAUCGUUGUCGCGUCCGUUAUUCUCAGCAAGCUGGAUACAUCGAAGGCUUACCAUAGAAUUAAACGCCAGAGCUCAGUUAAGCUUUAUAUGCUGUUUGGAGUCCUGGAAAUGGCAGACAAGAUGUUGGCGAGCAUGGGACAGAGUUUAUUUACCAUAGUCUUGGCAAGAAACUUUAAAAGAUCAAAAUACAGACAGGUGGUACUAUCAUGCACCAGUAUCAUUUACCUAGUUUGCCACGGAUACGUGAUGGUAUAUCAAACCGUUGCAUUGCAUGUGGCUGUGAAUUCCUACUCUAAUGCAUUCCUCACACUGCUUCUAUCCAUGCAAUUUGCUGAAAUAAAGGCUGCUCUACUAAAAAAAAUCGAUAAAGAGGGACUCUUCCAAUUGGCAAUAGCCGACGUUGUCGAGAGAAGUCAACUAAUCUUCCUCUUAAUCAUUAUAGCAUUGAGGAACGUCGUCGCGAAAUCUAAGUCUCAAUCCAAUGUGAUUCCCAACUCCUGGAACCUGCAUGCAACUUCUUCGGUGGUUCUUGGCGUAUUAUGUGGACCCAUGUUUAACGUUGUUGGCAGUGAACUGGUCGUAGACUGGGUAAAACACGCCUACGUUACCAAAUUCAACCGCAUACGUCCCAGAAUUUAUGAUAAAUUCCUGAUUAUAAUGUGCCGCGACUAUGUCACAAGUUUGCACAAAUUUUGUGAUAGACUUGGUUUACCAAUCCCCGCCUUGGUAGUCCUGUUUAUUGUUAUGAUCCGUCCCACUCUGCUUGAGAUCCUUGACAUUUCUUCCGUGCCAGCUAUAGCUAUAACGAUAUUCAAAUGCCUGGCCGGAUUUGCGUGUUUGGUCCUUAUUAAGCUAUUCUUACGCAUGAUGCUUCUAAGAUGGUCUCAAACCAUACUCGCUAAUAGAGAAUCAUCCAUAGCAGUCACAGAGGCCGAGUACGUACCUGGAAUGUUAUCUUAUGCGACGGGUAAGAUUGACCAAGACGCCAGAGCUAUCAUCCACAGUCGGAUUAAUCGCUCGAAGAAAUUGAAACAGGCAUCAUCACGUCUGCGAGACAGCAAUACCGGAGUUUCUCCCGUACCCCCAUCUUUGAAUGACAUUCGAAAGAUGAAAGAUUCCAAGAAUCCGCACUCUCUCGAGAGUGUCGCACGAUACAAGAUGGUAUCAAAACGCAUAUGGUAA